UCUAUAUUACUUAGUUCAUUACGACUUUUCAAACCUUUCACGUGCACUUUGUAUUUUUGCGACCGGUUUAUUAUGACCACUAAGAUAAUAUCUUAAAUUUGUCAAAAACAACCCAUAAAAAUUUAAAAAUGCUGCUGCAGUUGAUGCGAUUUAAUUUUUUAAACUGGUUAAAAUCAUUCGACAAUCAUACAGAAGGCGUUUGGAUUAAAUCGAUCCAGCGACAAUCACCGCCACCUUAACAAUUCGCUCAUUUUUCAGGUGACCUAUGCGACAUCACCCAGCUUCUAAUUCUAGUUCGUACGUUGUUUUAAAUUUAUUCCUCCGCAUUCGCAACGAUAAUAAUUCGUACCUUCUAUUAUUCUUAUUAUCGAGUUCGAAUUUAAUUACAAAGCGAAAGGUUGAUAAAUCAAACAUCCAAUAUCAAGAUUUUACGAAUUUCUUACCUACUCAAUCCACAUCUCGAAAACAUCCAAACCUCGAUUUUCAUCAAUCAGGCGAACGUUCCUUUUGACAGAAAUGUUGAUAAAAUCGAAUCUACGCUCCGAUAAAGAAUCACGUUCAGCUGACACAAAAUCUCAAUCACGUAAACCUCAAAAAAUGCAAGUUCGAGUCAAACUGUACAUCUUGAGUUUCGCUGGUUUCAUGGUCAAUUACAUGCUGCGGACGGACUUGAAUAUUGCUCUUUUAGCUAUGGCUCGUCAAGAUGUCGUCAAAAGUGCGCCAAAUUUGUCAUCCAUUCUUCCACAAAACUUAUCUGUUCAAAAUAUCUCAGUGAUUUCCUCUGCCAAUAGAACAUCAACGGCACCCAAACCGAUUUCAUUGCCCCCCAUUACGAUCCCACCCAUCCCUCAAGAACCACCUGAAUUCAAUUGGACAACCAGACAACAAAAUAACCUACAAACUGGAUUUUAUCUAUCGUAUUUCAUCUGCUCUGGUAUUUCGGGUGUAUUCAUUAGCAGAUUCGGACCCACGAAGACUUUUGGUUAUGGUCAGUUCAUCUGUGGUAUCGGUUCAUUGCUGAUACCUGUGCUUGCUUCCAAUAAUUCCAUUUACGUUUUGAUUCUGAGAUCUGCUCAAGGGUUUGCUGAGGGUGUAACAUGGCCAGCUUUUUACGGAAUAGUAGGCAGGUGGAUCCCUCCAUUGGAAAGGAAUCGAUUUUUAUCAGCUACUUAUGGUUACUUCAUGGGUGUUGGAUUAUCGUACAUUGUGCUCGGAUAUGUGAUUAGCUUUUUCGGAUGGAGAAGUGUUUUCUAUUUGACUGGAACGUUGAACACGAUUUGGUGUAUUUGCUGGCUGUGGAACGUUUACGAUGAUCCCGAAGAUCAUCCUAGUAUUACCGAAGCUGAACUGAAGCUAAUUCAGUCGAAACGUCAGAACGUAGCUCCAAAAGACGAGAAAUUACAAACACCGUGGCGAGAUAUUCUGCUCUCGCCCAUUUUCUGGUCCAUUUCCAUAUCGAAUUUUGGUCGAUUUUGGAUCAUGUCAGUCAUCUUUUUGUACUCUCCGUUAUAUUUAAAAAAUAUCGUUCAAAUCCAAAUCGACAAAAAUGGCGUUUUUAGUGGUAUCCCUUACAUGAUUGCUUGCGCUUUCUCACUACCAAGCAGUUGUUUGGCUGAUUACAUGAUCAAACAAAGAUACAUGGCGACGGUUGGAGUUCGAUUGUUGUUUACAUUUUUGAGUCAAGUUGGCACAGGGCUCUUGCUGCUCCUCGUCGUUUUCACAAAAAGCGCUUUCGAAUUCUCAAUCCUCUGCACCGUAGUAUUGAUCUUAUUUAGUUUCAGUUCCUCCGGUUCAGCCGCCUCUAUCGUAGAUAUCGCGCCAAAUUUUGCUGGUCCAACGUUGGCAGUCGGUCAGUUAAUAUACAUGAGCGCCAAUUUCAUCUGUCCAGUAUUAGUUAAUUUUAUGAUAGUUGAUGUGACAAAUCCCAAGCAGUGGUUGAAUUUAUUUCAACUCUCUACAGCCAUAGGAAUAUUCACCUUCAUUCCAUACUUUUUUUACGCCACAGACAAAGUACAAUAUUGGAAUGAAAAGAAACUUACGCCAAUGAACAAAUCUGAACUUCAACGAAAGCCCACCAUUAGCGUUUAAAAAAUAAUAUUGGGUAUUUAUGAGUAAAUUUUGAUUUUUCUUUCAAAAUUGUACAAUACCUACUUUGUAUUUUUAUAUAAAGCUAUCUACUGUGUGUUGAUGUAAAUUACCUAUAACCUACCUCUUGAAUACGCAAGUCGAAUAAUGUGUAGGUACCUAUUUGUUUACCUUACUACGAAUUUGUAAACAAUUGCGUCCUUGUUACUUACUUAUUUUGUUGAAGUACUUUUUACCUUUCUUUUACGAAUACUUUAAGGUACAACUUUUUUAAUUAUUAAAGUUUUUUAAUACGACGUAAGAUUCUCUUAUAUAUAUUAUGUGAAUAUCAACUUGUAUCAAUAAUUCAUGGAAUAAAUAUAAACUACGUACGAGCUCA